GUACCUCUCAAGAACCCUCAUCUCGUCUUUGACGGUUACUCUGACUACGAUGUUGUAACUGCUCGAGGUGUUUUGCCGUUUGAGCUUGGCCGCGGGCCCUGGGGGUUCACACUGUGCAUGGGAGCAGCUUUACUGAGAGGGACACAGAAAAUGGAGACUUUGUGGAACGUGAUGCACAGUAGUAAAAUGGACAAGACGACUGACAACCAAAAGAGAGUAAACUUUGCUCUGUUUAAGUCGAAGCUGCAGUGG